CAGACGAGCUGGGUGACUUAAUUGUGUAACGUCCAUUGACGAGUCAGCACAAUGCUGCUGAGACCGCGGAGGCGCACUGAGCCGAGCAGAGCAAUGAAAUGCUCCCAUCGAGGCGAACACAGAUGGACAGCCUAGUUCAGCCGCUCGUCGCCCAGUACCUCGCCAUGGGGUGUCAAUCAAAAGAAAACAACCAAAACGAAAAUAUAACGUCGGACGAAAAGGGAAAGGACGAUGCGAGAGUGUCUCCAGGAUGCAGCUCCAAGUCUAGAGUUUCUCCUCCAGGCCGCCCUCACAGGUUCCACAAACCCAGCCCGGCCCAAACCGCCCCUGGGAAAUCCAUGAUGUCCCUGGGUCCCCUCACCAAAGGGGGGAGCUGGGAGGACAUCAUCCAGGCCUGUCUGCAGUGCUUUGACUCGGAUGGUGGUGUGUGUGGAAGCAGCCAUCUGUUGAACAUCACCCUGACCAUGCACCGUAUCCACAUCUCCUCCUGUGAUCUGCUGGACAAACUCACCGCUCUAUUCAAAAUAGCGCUGGACAACGAGCAGCCAACAGAGUGCCAGAGGAUAUGCUACCUCAUCAGGCAUUGGAUCCAGGAAUUCUGGAUGAUGUUCCGGUUGCACCACAGCUUGUCAGACAGCCUGGACCAGUUUCGGGAGCUGAUCAGAGAGCAGGGACAGGAGCAUCUUUGCUCUCUCCUCGAGACCAAAUGGAUAAAUGAACGGGACUGGUCGUGGAAGGCCAGCCAGAAGAUCAAAGCUAACAGCAGUAAAAAGAGGAAGGUCUCUCUUCUUUUUGAUCACCUGGAGCCCAUUGAGCUGGCUGAGCAUCUCACCUUCCUGGAAUUCAAGUCCUUCUGCAGGAUAUCAUUUGUAGACUUUCAGAAUUACAUUAGAAGCUGCUGCAUGAAGGACAUCCCCGUGAUGGAGCGUUCCAUCGCCCUGUGUAAUGGUAUCUCCCAGUGGGUUCAGCUGAUGGUGCUGAGCAGGCCGACAGCUCAGCUGAGGGCUGAGGUUUUCACCAAGUUUAUCCACGUGGCAAAGAAUCUACAUCUCAUGCACAAUUACAACACACUAAUGGCGGUGGUGGGAGGGCUUUGUCACAGCUCGAUAUCAAGACUGAAGGACACCACCUCACAUGUACCCAGCGAGGUCACCAAGGUACUGAACGAGAUGACAGACCUGCUGUCCUCUUGCAGAAACUAUGACAACUAUAGACAAGCUUACAACAGGUGUACAGGUUUUAAAAUCCCUAUUCUGGGCGUUCACCUCAAAGAUCUGAUUUCGGUUAACGAGGCCAUGUCAGACUAUGUGGAGAACAACAAGGUGAAUGUCCAGAAGCUCCAGGCACUCUACAGCCACAUUAAUGAGCUGAUCCAGCUCCAGCAAAUCCAUCCGAGGCUGGACGCGAACAAGGACCUGGUCCAUUUGUUGACGCUGUCCUUGGACCUUUACUACACUGAGGAUGAGAUCUAUGAACUGUCUUACACCAGGGAACCCAAGAACUGUAAAGCACUUCCAGCCACCCCCUCUAGACCUCCAGUGGUUGUGGACUGGGCACCAGGAGUGGCUCCCAAACCUGAUCCCCGAACCAUCAGCAAACAUGUGCAGAGAAUGGUGGAUUCCGUGUUUAAGAACUACGAUCACGACGAGAACGGCUUCAUCUCUCAAGAGGAAUUUGAGAAAAUUGCAGCUAGCUUUCCGUUUUCCUUCUGUGUCAUGGACAAAGAGAAGGAAGGCCUCAUCAGCAGAGAGGAGAUCACAGCCUAUUUCAUGCGGGCGAGUGUCAUCUGCUCCAAACUGGGUCUCGGCUUUGUCCACAACUUCCAGGAGACCACUUACAUGAAACCAACCUUUUGUGACAACUGCUCAGGAUUUUUGUGGGGUGUCAUCAAGCAAGGCUACAGAUGCAGAGACUGUGGGAUGAACUGCCACAGGCUGUGUAAGGACCAGGUGGCGUUUGAGUGCAAGAAGAACGCCAAAGUGACCAAUGCUAUCGACAGUCCGACACCGAGCUCCACCCCUGUCACCAUGGGCACCUCAGAGGAAGAAUGUCCCUUCCCCUACCCGCCAGAUGACAGCAAAGACUGGAGCCCAGACUCCCCAGUCGCCUCCUAUUCGAGGCGUCGGUGGGUCAAUAGUGCCACCCAGACAGAGGGACUCCAACUGUCCUCAGCAGACCCUGAGGCCAGCUGCCUUCAGCCUUCUCUGCUGGUCCCAACAACACCCCUCCUCACCUCAUGUCCCAGCCCGGUGCCCCAGAGAAAACAGCGACACUGUGCCAAGUGGGAAAACAGAGCUUCUAUUGCGCAAAAGCCUACAGAGCCAGAUGAGGAGAACAAACCCACCUAUGAAUCUCUGGAAUCAGACAACCAGAGGCUCCAGAAAGCCAAUGGGACACUAUGUAGGAAGCUGAAGGAGGCAGAGCGGGAGGUGGAGAUACUAAAGACACUGCUCAAGAGGCAUGCUCUCCACCCUGUGGAGGAGGACUCCUCCUCCUAGACACACACUUACACUGGACCUCCUCUAGGGAGACUGCUGCUGCCCCCCUAUGGCAACAUGUAUAAAUCUGGAUCCAAUAAGUUAUUGGUCAUGAACAGAGCAAAUGUUUUACCAGUCUGACCCAAUCCAUUUGGCAUUAAGUAAGAUAUAAUGCACAUAGCUAGUCAAGGUGUUUUAAUGCUAAUGGUAUACAGUCAAACCAAAAAGCCAAUCAUUAUGUCACCAAUAACGAGGUUAAGAACCUUUUUGAGGAGUAUCGAUUUUUUUGGAACUAGCUACAGUAAAUACAGUAACAAUACUGUGGUGUUAUACUUAAAGAAGGUUCUAGUGAGCAGAAGGCGCCCUUCUACUGUAUUGAAGAAGAAUGAAAAUUGUUGCAAUGAGCAUUACUCACUUUUUUUAGUGAACCAUUAGGAGCUGGAACGGAGUUCCCUAUGUUUAAGGUAAACAUAGAAACAGAUAUUGAAUGGAGGAGUGCAGUAUUUAAGAGUGAAAAUAGGGCAAAAUGUGUUUGAUCAGUUCUUGAUCAAUAAUAAGACUAGAUAUUUAUGUUAAACAUAAAAUGGAAAUCAGAGGAAAACAAAACGUUUAUUGUGAUUAUCGCAGGUGCAACAUUAUUAUUAUUGUUAAACACGAUUGCCCACUGAUUACAGCAGCAGAAUGAAGGUUGGAGGCAUCAGAUGUACAGAACUUUUGUUGCUCUGCAUCGUUGUCCCCGUUCAUAUCAAUGCACAAGAUGUUGUCAGUGCUUCUGUUAAUAUUUAUUGUUUCAAACACUACACAGGUCAUGUAGGGAGUAACAGAAAUGAACAUUUUGUACAGCAUGCUGGUACUUUCAGUGAAUUAUUUAUGCUUGUGUGUGUGUUACUUGGCAUCAUAUUGAUUGACAUUUAUUUUCAUUGUGCAGCCAUAUCACCUUAUUGUUGUGAGAGUGUUGUACUGUGAGUCAAGCUACAUGUGUUUGUAAUGCGUGUAAUGUACUGUAAAUACUAAGUAUACACAGUGCCAUCUUAAUAAAGUCAAGGCUCAUCUGUUCUCUCAGUAUUGUUCUCUUAUUGUGAUAAUAAAUACUGUAUUCUAUAUAAAAUCUUUGCUUGUGUUACUCAGUUUGACCACUGGGGGCCACUAAAGCCUCAUACUAUUUUUUCAGGGUCUCGCUAAUGACUAUUGACUUUUAUUGAGUUUUCAGACUCUCUGGGACUUGUUCUAUAAAUGUUGCACUCUCAUCUGUGUUUUACAUUAGACACUUAUCAAAUUAAAUAGCAAAAAAAGGGAUCAUUUUCUGCACUUUCCCAACUAAAAAAACAAACAUUUUGUAAGUUUAAAGGUGAGGAAAGCAGAGAUAUAAGAAGAAAGUUCAGAGAUAUAUUUAAGAAUCAUCAUCAGUUAAUUGUUCUGUAUAAUUUUAUUAAAUGGUGGACUGAUGGAUUUGCGAGACACGAACCUUAAAAGACAGACUGUGUCACCCUGUUGUCUGGAGACUGUGUGAAUCUUCCCUGUCCCUUCAGCAUUGCUGCUGGUAAUGAGUCCAGCUCCACACACACACACACACACACACACACAAUGCU